AUGACGGUGCAUGCGAUGGAGGACAACCGCAUGCUUUGGAGGUUUAGUCCAGGCUACUUAUCCCGUAGCAAGUGCGGGCUGUCUGAGGGCUUUCUCGCGUUUCCCAGCAGACACCGAGGCAUAGAGAUCUGGCGGCGCGCCUCAGACGUCUCCGUCGACACCCCAUUACAUAGUGAUGAAGAUGCCAUUUCGACACCCAUCAAGCUACCACGUAUUGCGGCGGCGCUUGAGUUCCAGUUUGAAGAGGCACGAUCCACGGCCGCAGAAUUCCCGCUCAGACGCUCCGAGGAAGACCUGCGUGGAAGAUACACACCACACGCAUUCAUCAGUGCACUGCAUGUCGGUGUCGUGCGGAUGUUCCGACUGCGGUUCCCUGUGCUUGUGCUAAUGAACUCGCAAGAUGAUGACGCGUUGCUUUUGUUCGACGUCCGGGAUGGCACACUCAUACACCGGAUCUCGAUUUCAUUUAUCGACACCGGCCGCAUCGUCGGCGCUCCACCGAACUUUGCUCUUGCGUCGAUCUUGGAACGUGUUGUCAUGGAUCUCGAUGUGACGGAGAGCUACAUCUCCGUAUGCUUGUACUCGGCCAUCGUGAAUGUACCUCGCUGUGAGGUGAAGCCUAGUACAGGGAAUGCUUCUAAGACGACGAGAAUUCUAGUGCAUGCAGAAGGCAGGCCGCCACAGUUAUACCAAGAGGUCCGGAUGCAGUUGGUGAAAUUACCUGACGUCAGCCGUUCGAGUGAGCGUGGCUUGGGUGACCGGUGCGGAUGCCCUUGA